UGCCUGCGUAGUUCAGUCAUUUUCGAGACGAUCAACAUGAAAUACUUUGCCAUUUGCGCCCUGCUCAUCCUUCCGCUGGUCAGCGGAGGAUAUGUGCCCCAAGCCAGGCACUUUGUGACCUACGAAAUCCAGACCGCCCCCCACCAGCAUUUGCCCCACAUGGAAGCCAUCGCCAGGAAGAUGCAAGCCAUGCUCCAGGAAAUGAUUCCGGAUAUGUCCGUCUUGGCUGAUGCCAUCAAUGUUCCCGAUAUGUCCGUCCAGGCCGAUGCUGGAGUCCUCCCCGAUAUGUCCGUGGCCACCGAUGCCGAUGACACUCCCAUUAGGCGCGCUGCCUGGUUCAAGGCUGCUCCCAUUGCCAAGGUCAUCGCUGCCAAGUUGGCCGAGAUUCCCGAUAUGUCCGUCCAGGCUGAUGCGGACUUGAUUCCAGACAUGUCGGUGGCCACCGAUGCUGAUGAGACCCCCAAGCGUGGCUCCUUUGACUUGAAGAAGCCUCUGCUUGCCAAGGUCGCCGGAGCUAUUGCCAGCCCUGAUGCCGAUCUGAUCCCCGAUAUCUCGGUGGCCUCCGAGGCGGAUGAGGAAGUCCAGGCCGAUGCCGAUCUGAUCCCCGAUAUCUCGGUGGCCUCCGAUGCUGAUGACACCCCUAAGGAGACUGUUGCUGAGGCUGAUGCUGAUCUGAUCCCCGACAUCUCGGUGGCUUCCGAUGCGGAUAAUACUCCCAGGAAGCCCAUCGCAGGUCUGAAGGCUCUGCCAAAGUUGGCCCUGGUUUCCGGAGCUGAGCCUGUGGAGCCUCAAGUCCAUGCCGAUGCUGAUCUGAUCCCUGAUAUCUCUGUGGCCAGCGAUGCCGAUUUCGAUCCCAAGAUGACCCUGGCUUCCCUUUUGGCCAAGCUCCACUAAACUUACUCCUGAAAGUAUCGGCAAAAUCUGAUUAAAUUGGAAACGUUUGUGUGUUUUUGUAUUUUUACGUUAUUA